CGAAGCAGCGCAUCAUCAAUCAUCGUCGUCAUGUCCAUCGCGCGCCAUCGUCGGAUGAGAAGUAGAGGGUUGGAGAAGUUUGACUGAGCGUUUCAUGGCUGGCCGUUCUCGUCGGAAAUGGACAACAGAGGAUGGCAAAUUAAAUAUUGGUUGAGAAAAUAAAUGAAGGGGCACGAUCCCGGUUGGCUUCUCCCUAGAGCCUGCGAUUUCAAAGUCCUAAAAAGUGAGCACAGGGGGGAACAGCGCAAUGGCGUCCCGCUAAUCCUAAAUCCAACAACAUAUACCGCGCGUGGGUAGGCGUAUCCCGUGAUAUUGUUUGUUUGAUCCUCUGGUGAUUGUUUAAUUUCAUGGAACGGAGCCUAUCACGACGAAGUGCUAGCUAGCGCCCGCUUAAUUUCCUCUAGCUCUUAACUUGUUCUCUCGGUUAAUUUCCAUCUAGUGCCGUGGUGACCCUCGUCCGCUGUGGGCACUCGUUAAUUUUUUCCGUCCCAUUGGGUCAGAAGUAAGGUUUCAGAAUCUUCUUGAGGAGGAAAGGAGAGGCCAACAAAUUAAUUAAUUAAUUGACUGAUUGAUUGAGACGAGGGCGAGUAUCGGAGCGAGGUAGUCAAACAAAUGGUGAAGAGAAUGGCGUGCUUGCCGGGAGCAUGGCUGAUGGCGUCGCUAGCGGUGCUGCUCUCUACGGCCAUCCAAGCUGAAAACCCCUAUCGCUACUUCACAUGGAACAUCACGUAUGGCACCAUCUCCCCACUGGGCGUCCCGCAGCAAGGCAUCCUCAUCAAUGGGCAGUUCCCGGGACCGAACAUCAACUCUACCACCAACGAUAACAUUGUGGUGAAUGUGUUCAACCACCUAGAUCAGCCCUUCCUGCUCUCCUGGAGCGGCAUCCAACAGAGGAGGAACUCCUGGCAGGAUGGCAUGCCUGGAACCAACUGCCCCAUUCCGCCCGGCCAAAACCUUACCUACCAUUUCCAAGUCAAGGACCAGAUUGGCAGCUAUUUCUAUUUCCCUUCAACCUAUAUGCACAAGGCUGCCGGCGCCUUCGGCGGCCUGCGGGUUAACAGCCGCCUCUAUAUCCCUGUCCCCUUCGAUGACCCCGCCGACGACUACACCGUGCUCAUCGGUGACUGGUACACCACCAACCAUGGGGUGCUAAGGAGGACGUUGGAGGUCGGUAAGCCCAUCGGGAAGCCCGAUGGAGUUCUCAUUAAUGGAAAGUCCGGCAAGACUGAAACCGAAAGCGUCGUGUUCGGCAUGGAAGCAGGGAAGACGUACCGAUACAGGAUCUGCAAUGUCGGCAUGAAAACGUCCCUCAAUGUCCGGGUGCAAGGCCACAGAAUGCAGCUCGUGGAGAUAGAAGGGUCGCACACGGUUCAGAACAUAUACGACUCGUUGGACGUGCAUCUGGGUCAAUGCUACUCCGUGCUCAUCACCGCCGACCAGAAGCCCGGCGACUACUUCAUGAUUGCUUCCACCAGGUUCACCAAGUACAUGCUGAACGCCACGGCGCUGAUCCGCUACGCGAACUCCGAAAAGCCGGCCCCGCAGGUGCUGCCACCGGCUCCGGUCGGCGUUGCUUGGUCGCUCAACCAAUUCCGCUCCUUCAGGUGGAACUUGACGGCAAGCGCGGCCAGGCCAAACCCCCAGGGCUCCUACCACUACGGCCAGAUCAACAUCACCCGCACCAUCAAGAUCCUUAACUCCGCUGGCAAGGACGCCAACGGGAAGCUCAGGUACGGCAUUAACGGCGUAUCCUACGUCAGGCCUACCACUCCAUUGAAGCUGGCCCAGUACUUUGGCGUGGGGGAGAAGGUAUACAACGAUACAGCCAUCGUGGACGAUCCCAGCGACGUCUCGCCUUCCGCUCCGCUGACCCUGCGCUCGGCCGUCUUGAAGGGCACGUACCGUGACUUUGUGGAGAUCGUCUUCGAAAACCACGAGCGCGGCAUCCAGUCGUGGCACUUGGACGGCUAUUCCUUCUUCCCCGUCGGGAUGGAAGGUGGGAGGUGGAGCCCUAAGAGCCGGAGCUUGUACAACAACCUUGAUGCGGUGAGCCGACACACGAUUCAGGUGUACCCCAUGUCAUGGACCGCCAUCUUGCUGACGCUGGACAACGCCGGCAUGUGGAACCUGAGGAGUGAGGCAUGGGACCGGCAAUACCUUGGGCAGCAGUUGUAUCUGAGCGUCGUCUCGCCAGCUCGCUCCCUUCGCGAUGAAAAUAACAUCCCUGAAAACGCCAGGCUUUGUGGCAUCGUCAAGCGCCUCCCCAUGCCCGCUCCUUACACUUGAGGAAAAGUCAACAGAAGGAGAAAAGGGGUCGACAAGAAGUUGGUGAAGAAGAAAAAGUACGAUCAAACCUGCCGCGCUCGAUGGUUCGGCUUGUAUUCGAGAAAACUACUCUAUAUGAGCUAGAUUGGCUAAAUCGGCUUGGACAAUAAAUUAAAUUAAGUAGUAUCUUCACCGACAUGCUUUUCGAUGACAUAGAGAGAGUGU